AUGGGUUCCAGAGAACGCUACUCGCGGAUAUUGUCGCUUGUAUUCAGCGCUGCAGUGAUUCGCUGCGUUGAGGCAUCAUCGGCAUCUAAACCGGGCUUCAACUUGACAACUGAAACGGGCUUUUUCAUCGACUCAACCUUGCACAACGGUUCGUUUGAGGACUGUGACAUCAAUACGACAUUCAUCGCCAGUUCCAGAGCAUCAGGAAACAUCACCUUUAACGUCCUCAAGUGUUGGGAAAACGAUCCAAUAAGUACUUCUUUUUACGGCCCCGUUAUGUAUGCUCCCGUGUACGCUUCACUAUGUCUUGGCCUCUGGUCGGUCGUGGCAAACAGCCUCCCGCUAGCUGCCAUCAUGAAACACGAACAUCUCCACACACCUGCGUACAUCCUCAUGGCCAACCUGGCGGCCAGCGACGUUCUGACUGGUAUAGACUUCAUUUUUACUGGUAGUUCGGUUUUGUACAACGUCAACACCGAGACCUGUCCGUCCGACGCCAUGUUGCGACUCCGGUUCACCCUCGUCUUGCUCUGCGGACUGUCAUCAGCCUACAGUUUGCUAGCCUUGACGGCUGAGCGCUACUGGUUCAUCGUCCACGGGAUGACAUACGUCAACAACGUCACCAACGACAAGUGUAAGGUCGUUGUCUUGAUCGUCUGGCUGUGGUCUGUGUUGCUGGCGAUGCUGCCCAACUUCGGGUGGCACUGCGCGAGUCGUACGGAGGAGGGAUGCCUGCGAUUCGGCGGAGGAUUGCCCCUCAGCUACGUGGUGCUCAUCUUAGCGUUUGUUUUCAUCCCGAUGGCCGCGAUCGUCUUUUUCAACCUGAGCGUCUUCUGGUGUCUCUGGAAACACGUGAGCGCCAUCGCUGCACAAGAAGCCGCCGUGGGAGCCCCGCCGAGCGUCAGCAGAAAAUCCGCGGUCACUGUCGUCAUCAUCACCGUAGUGUUCCUCGUGGGGUGGUUGCCAUUUUCUAUCAAGAUGGCCAUGUUCACUCAAGACAAGGUUUCUAUCGCUAAUAUGUUUGUCUUCAUCAUCUUGAACUCCGCCAUCAACCCUGUGAUCUACGGGUUCCGUCUGCAGGAGGUACGUCGGGGCGUCGCACGGCUCUUCCGUAACAACCACGCCGGAAACGUCGAACUCGAUGCGUAG